AAUUCUUAUUUGACAGUUGUAUAGGCAGGUGGUGGCUCGAUAUUGUAUUUGCGUUUAUUUUUCAUCGUGUGUCCGAUUUAUUUUGAUAGAAAACUCAUUAAACUCCUGGUGUUUGUUAGUUGAACCAUUAGGAAUUUGUUAAACAGGAAAAACUACCGUAACGAUGGGCGGAAAGCGUACCAAGAACAAUACUAAGCCUUCUAGCAGCGGUCGCAGUGCCGAAAUGUUGGGCAGUAUGACUCCAACAUUGUUCGGAUUCACAACGCUCGACAGCAGCAAUAUGCCGGUUGUACCUAGCUUUGUACAAAUAGAAGCCCAUGGCGAAGAUAUUGACCCGAAUCUGGAUGACACCUUCCAAAUUGUGUUGAAAAAAAUGCUCAAGAAAGACCCGACAACAAAAACGAAAGCACUGCAGGAAUUCACCGAACUCAUCGGAAAAUCCGACUUGGAUGUAGUCAAGGCAGUCCUUCCCUUCUGGCCACGUCUCUAUUCCAACCUGUCUACAGAUGUGGAGCAUCGUGUUCGUGAAACGGCACAGCAGGCUCAAGCAGCGGUUGUGGCCAAAGCAGGAAAGCAUAUUGCUCCCUUUCUGAAACAGCUUGCUCCAACAUGGAUUUCCGCUCAGUACGAUACCUAUGCACCAGCGGCUUCUUUGGCUAGUAAGUCUUUUACCAGUGCUUUUCCACCGGGAAAAUUGAGAGAGGUGUUCGUGUUUUGUGAGGAUGAGAUUUUGGAUUAUUACACCAAGAAUUUGACGGUUCACACUGCGAUUACUUUAAGCAAUCCAAAAUCCCAUACACCGGAGGAAUGUGAGAACAAGUACCAACGCGUGUUGAUUGCUAGUUUGCAGGGAUACGCACUUUAUUUGAGUAAACUUCCAAAGGAGCAGUUACAGAAAUCGGUUGCCAAAAAUACCACUCUGCUGGAUAAUGUCAAGUUCUGGACAUAUCAUAAGCAUAAAACACCCGCUGUCCGUUCGGCUUGGUUUGAGGUGGUAACCGCGCUGCUCCAGCACGGACCGUUUCUGUUAGAACAGCAUCACCAGAAAGUCGUCAGCUGUGUGUUCCAAUUUAUGGAUGAAACCGAUCCGGUCGUUGUCGCACACGUUUGGAGUUCGAUUGUGUUGAUCCAAACGACGAUAUCUGACUGGCACACUCAUUUGAACAUUGACAAGGCCGUCUUCCCUAAGCUUUGGAAGGUAUUGAAAAGUGGAGCAAGUGGAAAUGCGGCCUGUGUCUUUCCGCAUAUGUUACCACUCGUAUCCAAGUUCACACGGGAGAUACUUGACGAACGGAUGGACAAAUUCCAGACACUGUUCUUUGAGAACAUCAAAGAAGGUCUUAUGGCUGUCCAUUCCAGCAGGGCCGAUAUAUCUGCCAUCUCCCAGGCUUACUAUGAAGUGUUCCAAUAUGUGGUAAUUCAAAUGAUCAAAGACACUCAAUUACAGCCGGAAGAAAUUCAACAAUUCUGCGAAAAAAUGCUUGAAGAACACCUUAUUAAUGUAAUCGAAUGGUGUAUGACUACAGAAUCGUCGAGAGGUAGAUUUGUCUUCGGAAAUAUCGCUACUUUGUUGGAUUACUGGUGUAAACAGAGCGCAAACAUUAAAAUCUACGGGGAACUCCUGGCGAAGUUUUGGUGUCGAUUAUACGAGGUGAUAGAACAAAGUGUGCGAUCAGCGGAGGAUUUACAGGAAACGACAAGCGCUCACAUCGAGCUCAUUCAAAAUCUGAAACGAACAUCACACAAACGGGUCAAGUUUAACAACGACUCAGUUGAACGACCGACGAAUCAAGCCGCCAAUGAUGCCCUUCAUUUCGAGGACCAACUGAAUGCACUUGUCUAUAAAAUUUGUCGCCUCUACAUCGAACGUAUUGGCACGUGUCGUGAGUCGGCUUAUAUUCUACAGCUGGAAAACCUAAUUGGCCAAUUUCAAAGCGCUCAGAUGUUUCAGUUUUUCGCCGGAGGCGAGAGUGCCAAGAUUGAGUGUCUGUUCGAUGUAUUCGCUGGUGACUGGCUAAACGAUGAACGACUGCAAUCGGAGUACGUUGUCGAGAUUGUAUUGAUUUUGUAUAAAUAUCUGGAUGAGCUGGAACAGGUGGCAUUGCUCAAUCGAUGGAUAAAGCUUGCCAACAAAACCGUCCGCAAAUGGCUGAUUCUGCGAGCGCUCAGUCAUCCUUUAUGCAACGAUCGGAACAUAACGAAAUUUCUCACCCAGACGGAGGUCAGCGAGUAUCUGAUCAGUUGUGCCCAUGCCGUUACCCAGGGUGACACUAGGGAAAAUAUAAUCCUGCUGCACAAGUGUUUCCUGGUGUCGACAAGUGGUGACGUUCUGAUCGAUCCGGGCACUUGCCGCCGAAUCGUCCAGAUGCUGGCAACACCGCUGAAAAAUGACGACGAAAUUGAGCUGAAGGACACUUGUGCAAGUUUUCUGGCCCAGAUCAUGCCGGUCAUCUGUGGAGACAGUCGACAGCAGGAUCUCCAGCGGAUAAUGUUUGUGAUAUUGUUUGAAUUCAGUGCGGAAAAUUCGGUCAGUGAUUAUCUGUCGGAGGACACCCUGUGGGAAGUGACGACCGCCUGGCAGGAUGCCCUCUCUGAUGAGGACCUAACAUUGGACUCGGAGCUCGUCGAUAAAUGUACGGAAAUUAUUGAAAAGGAAAUCAAAAUGUUUACGGAGAAGGAUGACUUCCACUUGGAACAUUUCGAAAAGUUGACGAAGAUCUGCACAAAACUAAUGACCUGUGGUUCGGAAUCGUUGAAGCGAGAUAAGGCCAACCGUAGUGAGCAAAUAGCAGCGCUUUUUGAAACUAUUACGAAACAGAAUGCCAACGAGAAUUCAUUGGCGAAGAAUUUGCUCGGGAAACUCUCCACGCAUAUUGAACUUUUGAAUGCGGUUCUGGCAACAAAAAGUGAUGAUCAUGGUACAGAUCUGUUGGUUGAUGCAUUCACGAAAAAUAUGCGAGUUUUGUUUGUGCGAGAAUUAUUCUGCACAAAUGUGGUUUACCAGCUGAGUUGCAGCUCGAAAAACGCCGCUGUUAAAAAUUGCGAAAAUGCGAUGGACCAUGAUGGUAAUGAGGAUGAUGACAACAUGAAUGUUGAAGGGAAUUUUAUCCUUCAUUGGACGGAAUUGAUAUAUGAGAAAGUUCUAUCUGUGAUAUACACGAAUGCGAUUGGCACCACCCUGUUGUAUAGUAGUAACGAUCUAGACGAUACCGUAGAGGUGCUUAUAAUAAGUUUGCAGGAAAAAAUAUCGUUGUUGAUGAAAGGUCUACCAGCGAAUGUUUUGGAGAAGCUUAAGGAACGACUCUUCGAAUUGGCAAAUCAAACAGGCCUUCUAUGGGCAAAAUCAUUGCUUUCGCUGUUGGAGACUAAACAAUAUUCGGACCCUGAGAGUGGAGCAGUGCUUCUGUACGAAGAUGUAUCGACGGUUGUGAAUAGCGAGGAUUUGAUGAGCUACAUUAAUAUAUUACAGAUAUUGUCCCGCAGCAUGCCACCAAAGUGUUUACCAAUUCGACCCAAUCUGUUCGAGAACUAUUUCGAUAUUCUAGUGAAACUAGCCGCUACUCGCUGUUUGAUAGUGAACCAUUUCUCGUCUAACUUCAACGAAAUUGGCGAUAAGAAAAUCGUCGGCAAUGCUCUGAUUGUUCUAAACGAAAUGAUAAGCAAACAAAACAACACCAAAUGUCUACAUUACAACUGUGAUUUAAUGCAAGUGGAUGGCACCGACCUUUAUCUGGAUAUUGAACUAGCAAAUUUGUUGACCGAUGUUGUGUGCCAAUUCCCAACCGAGCUGGACUUGAGCAAGUGGGAUUUUGUGCGUAUAGCUCUUAGUUCAUGGACGCUGACCGUAUCGAAGAAUCACCAACAUUUCAGGACAAAUGAUAUUGCAAUAUUCAUAGCCGCCAUCUUCCGAUUGUUCAGCACUGUGAUCAGAUUCUUCGAAGCGGAGAAAACGAAAAGUUCAACCGAGAUGCUCACCAAUGUGAUAGAGGAAUGGGAUAAUGUAUUCGCGAAGGACGUCAAUUUGGUACUAUUGAAGACGUUUGUAAAUAUUGUGAAUAAUAUUGACUGCAGACGCAUAGCUGACGCGUUCUUCCUAGAUGCUAUCAGUACCCAUGUCAACUCCAUUGACUUAGGAUAUGUACUUAAGACCAAAAAAGUGGAUUCAAAAAUUUCCCUCGAUGAUCUAAUAACAUUCGCACUGACAAACCUGAGCCACUCGAGCUCCCGGGUGCGAGUUUCUUGCGCUGCAAUAAUUCAGAAGCUCACCGUGGGUCUGAUCCAAACGGAUCUGGAACAAUUGCAUCGACGUAAUGAAUCGGUCGAACAGCAGCGAAGUGGUUCCGAAGAAGUUGACGACAGCUGGCAUUUGUUGCAACGUUUCAAGACAAAGCUCGAUGAGUUCCAGCCCGUGCUGGGUGAGCUGAUAGCGGACUUCAACUACAAGAUUACCGAAACAGAUGAUAACACUCCGGUGCAGCAGUCACUCGGUAGAGAUCGCCUGCUAGCGUACCAAUUGCUGUGGGAUUGCAUACUUGGAAUUUGUGCCAAAUCACCUCCGGAAUUGCGAUCGAUUUAUGCCUCGUGGAUCACUAGGAAUUUUUAUGAGCAGACUCUCCUUCCAACAUUGUUUAGGUUGAUGCCACAUGAAAUUCUAAAAAAUCCAGAUUCGGGUGCAAUUUACGGACAAACAAUGUUUUCCAGUCUCGAGUGGUCUCAAAUCAAAAACACAACGUUGAAGCCGGAACGUUAUGCAUGUCACCUGUACACACAGUGUCUACGCUUCCUACCGGCUGUCGUUCGACGUUGGUGGAACGGAUUGAACCAUCGCCAUGCGGCCAUUGUAGGCAAAGUGACCAGUAACUGUGUCUCGAAUUUAUUAUGCCAGGAAGAAUUUCAAUCGUUAACGGAGAAGAGGGACUUGCAGGACAACAUGCAGAUAAAAGUACUGGCCGCUGCUCGGCAAGUCAUAGCUAUCUAUGCGAUUGAGGAUGCUCGGGUCGAACUUCACAUCACGCUGCCAAACAAUUUUCCCUUGGGAGCAGUCAACGUUGAGGACGGCAAACAGAUCGGCGGAAGGUUGCAGUCGCGACAAAUCGUCAUGCAGCUAUCUAUCUUCCUAACCCAUCAGAACGGCUCGCUUUGGGAUGGAUUGUCGCUGUGGAAACGAAAUCUGGACCGAAAGUUCGAGGGCAUUGAAGAGUGUUACGUAUGCUACAGUGUGCUUCACCAAGAAACGUGCCAACUGCCUAAGCUUUCGUGUAAGACAUGCAAGAAGAAAUUCCACGGACCCUGUCUCUACCGGUGGUUUAGUACGAGCAGCAAAUCAACUUGUCCGAUUUGUAGAAAUAUUUUCUAGAGCUUUUGUGUGUUUUACAAAUUGCGACGUUUCGGUUGUAACCGCUGAGUAGUUAUCGCAUUCCGUACAUUUUUACAUUUUUCGUCACAAGUUUCAGUAGCAGUUUUCGAAUUGAAUAAAGGAUAUGUGACUACUUCCUGUUGUAAUAUGAUCGUGUGAAAAAAACGUAGAAAUGUACAAGUCGGAAUCAGCUAAACUUUGUGGUUUGGUUGGCAAUUUUUAAUGGUUGUUUGGCAGAGGAUGUUUAGUUUCUUUAUAUACGUUAUGUAUAUAUAGUAUAUACUUUUGGCCGAAAUCGUGCGUAGAAAAUCUGAAAAGUCACUACUCCAUUUAAAAUAAAGAAAUAUGAAAAAAUACUUUCAUCAAUACGAUAUCCGUUCGUGACCUUAUUGAUGUCUUGUAGCGUGGUACCACAUAUUCCAGCAUUGUAGAUCCCCUCGUUUCAUAUAUUUGAAAUCCAAAUUCAACACAACCGUGCGUGAGUUCUUCUGUUCAGAAGUGUGUGUCUUGGAUGGAAACGGAAAGGUUAUUGUUGAUAAUUAGCUACCUCGUGGUUAGUGUGUUGAUGGUUUCUUUUCUUUUUUGUUUAUUUAGUUAUUAUCGAGCUAGAUCUUAGUAGUUAUAAUUAGUGCCCCUUGUGCAUCCGUCGAAAGAAAUUGGAGGUAAGAUUCUGUUAGACUUGAUGUUAUGUGGCUAAAUUAUUUAAUCAAUGUGGCAUGUGUGGUCUUUU